AUGGCCUCUCCCAGUUCGAGUGCCGACGAAGGCGAAAUCGUCGAAAGACAAAGCGCCGGACCGUAUUACAAGGCAAAGACAUCUGCUGCUACUUCUUCUGUCAGGCCAGACGAUGGCGGAGAUCGUUUCAAUGUUGACCGUCGCAACAGAAUUUCUCGGGGCAGAUCACCACGCUCGCCCGACCGGCUGUCCGGUGGCAGCUACCCGUAUCGAAACGGCAGUGGCAACGCAUCACCUCCCCGCGGCCAGAAACGCCCGCGGGACGACCGCGACGGCCGUGACUCGCGUUGGCCCGCUAGCCGAGAACGAGGCGACCGCGACCGUUACGACUACGACGAUGGACCGCGACGCCGCGACGGCCGUCUCCCCGAUUGGGACCGCUACGAACGCGAGGACCGCAGCGAUCGGGGCGAUCGGGGCGGUCGUGGCGGGCGCGGUGGCCGCGACCGCGACGUACUAAGCUACGAUGACGACGGCGGCCGAUAUAACCGAACCGCUGCUGGAAAGCGACAGCGCACGCGCAGCCGAUCCCCGCCCCCAUCACAUCCGUCGUCGCUCCGUGGCAAUGGUAACGGUUACGGCAACCGGGGACGCGACGAGCGCGACCGCCGUGAGGAUAACAUCCGCGAUCGUGACUUUGACCGUAACCGUGACAGGAACUCUCACAGGGACGACCGUGACCGAAACGCUGACCGAAACUGGAACCGCGAUCGCGGCAGUCGCUUUUCGGAUCGUGGCACUACACCUAACCAUGAUCGCCACGCCGGAGGCUCGCGCAACGAAGACAGCCGUGCCCCCACCCAGGGGCCUCCUGAGCCUGCACCGGCGCCAGCGCCAGCACCAGCGCCAGUACCCCAGGAGGACUGGGUCGAGCAGGCACCCAUCGACGAAGAAGCCGAGAUCCAACGGCGCCGCCAGCGCCGCCUGGAGAUUCUCCAAAAGUCGCGCGCCUCCACGCCCAUUGUGGCCCUCUCCAACGCCGCGUCCACACCUGGUGAUACUGCGUCUCCGGCCAGCCCGUCCGUCGCGUCCCCUCGUGACCCCAACGACACGGCCGAAUCGAUGAACUUGGCCAACGACCAGGACUUUAUGAACAUGCUAGGCAAGCAGAACACCGGUGGAUCGGCCGAUGCAAACACCAACAACGCCGAAGACGGUCCGUCGGCCGCCGACUACGAUCCCACGGUCGACAUGGAAGAAGACGAGCGCCGCGACAAGCUCCAGCAUGGCGGUACCGUCGCGGGCUUGCACGGUGCUACGCGUCGCACGUCACUUCUGGCAGCCGUUGACGCCAAAGACGUCCAGGCUGCCCAGGCAGCUGUCGCAGAGGAGCCCAAAGCAGACAAAGACGCCGCCAACGGCGCGGACGAUGAAGACAACAAGGACGACGAGGACGACAUGUUUGCCGAAGACUUUGUCGAGAAAAAGUACGAGGCCAGCAAUGACGACGACGUCGGCGCUGGCAACGAGGGGGCCCUGGCCGUCGGUGCUGCACUUCCGGCGGCGGCAGCCAACGGCGGCGGCCUCCUCGACGGCGACGACAUGCAAGGCUACUACAAGAUUCGGCGCGGCGAGAUCCUGGACGGCCGCUACCAGAUCCAGUCGGCGCUGGGCAAGGGCAUGUUCUCGGGCGUCGCGCGCGCGUGGGACAUUACCUCGCCGGACAAGCGGCGCGAGGUGGCCAUCAAGAUCCUGCGCAACAACGACGCGCUGCGCAAGGGCGGCUACACGGAGAUUGCCAUUCUGCAAAAGCUCAACGAGGCCGACCCGGGGCACAAGAAGCACAUUGUGCAGUUUGAGCGCGCGUUUGACUUCCGCGGCCACCUGUGCAUGGCCUUUGAGAACCUGUCGAUGAACCUGCGCGAGGUGCUCAAAAAGUUUGGCAACAACGUCGGCAUCAACCUGCAGGGCGUGCGCGUCUACGCGUACCAGAUCUUUGUGGCGCUGGCGCACAUGCGCCGCUGCAGCAUCAUCCACGCCGACCUGAAGCCCGACAACAUCCUGGUCAACGACAACCGCAGCACGCUCAAGAUUUGCGACCUGGGCACGGCCAUUGACCGCUCGGACGCGGCGACGGCGCAGACCGAGGUCACGCCGUACCUGGUGAGCCGCUUCUACCGCGCGCCCGAGAUCGUGCUGGGCAUGCCGUACGACUACGCGGUCGACAUGUGGUCCAUCGGCUGCACGCUCUACGAGCUGUACACGGGCAAGAUUCUGUUUACGGGCGAGAGCAACAACCAGAUGCUGCGGGCCAUUAUGGAGAUCCGCGGCAAGAUCAGCGCAAAGCUGUACCGGCGCGGCCAGCUGUGGCCGCAGCACUUUGACGACAACGGCGGCUUCCUGAGCCAAGAGCGCGACAAGUUUCAAGGAAAGACCACGAUCAAAACGCUGCCCGUCAUCAAACCGGCACGAGACCUGCGCACCCGCCUCCAGGCGGCAUCGGCCGGCAUGAGCGAGGCCGAGUCCAAGGACCUGCAGCUGUUCCACGACCUGUUGGACCGCUGCCUCAACCUGAACCCAGACAAGCGGAUUCUGCCGAGCGACGCGCUGCGGCAUCCCUUUUUCACGGCCCGGGCAGGACAGAAGUGA